AGAGAGGCAGUGUUGACUGCUGUAUUGGGAGGAUACAUCCUAAUGCGACACAGCUACAGCUUUACCAUCUCAUACAGAGGGAGCAAGUGAACAAGAGAGUAAGAGGGAGAGGGAAAGAAAUCACAGAUGCCUGUUUAGUCUAAAAAAACACUCCAUGUGGUCCCCUCUAUUCCAGGAUCUCCAUGAGAACAGCAUCAUCACCCUGCCCCCUGCGCAUGAUUGUCACUCAACACGCCUUGUGUAUUCUUCCUCGCCCAGGAUUAAAAACCGCACUGUGGCCACGGUUCUGCUGUCAUCUGCUGUAUAAGAGUUUUUUUGGGACCGUCUUGUUUCUCAGCAAGUUGGUGUGCAUAAGCACGAAUGGCUCGACUGGUGUGCCUAAUGUGUGUGAGCUCAUUAGCACUGAGCUACGCCAUGGGUGGGGAGGUGUGCGUUUCAGGUCACGACAGUGGCCCGGUGUUUGAGGAACAGCCCUCCAGUCUGGUUUUUCCAGAAGGCCUGACUGAGGAGAAGGUCACCCUAGCCUGUAAGGCCAGAGCUAGUCCUGCUGCCACAUACAGGUGGAGAGUGAAUGGGACUGAUGUGCCACUGGAAAAUGAAACACGGUACAGCCUGGUAGCAGGGAACCUGUUGAUUAGCAGCCCACAGUACAGUAGAGAUAGUGGUUCUUAUCAGUGCCUCGCCAUCAAUCGCUGCGGCACAAUCAUCAGUCGGGCUGCAAACCUCAGAUUUGGCUACCUCCAUGACUUUCCCCCAGAUGAAAGGAGUUCUCAAACUGUAUAUGAGGGGGCAGGAGCUGCUCUCACCUGUCAACCACCUUCCCACUACCCAACACUGUCAUACCGCUGGUUCUUCAAUGAAUUUCCUAAUUUUGUCCAGACUACUGAUGGUCGAUGGUUCAUUUCCCAAGUCACCGGGAAUCUGUACAUAGCCAGUGCAGAAGUUAAAGAUUCAGGCAACUACUUUUGCUUCACCACAAAUAACAUGGAAAUCAGCACUAAAAGUGUAUUCAGCAGGGCGAACCCACUCACAGUUUUAUCUGAUGCAAACCCCAGAAGGACUGUACCUAAUAUUAAAGUACGCUUUCCAUCUGAGACAUAUGCCCUGGCUGGACACACUGCUCAGCUUGAAUGUUUUGCCUAUGGCAAUCCUGUACCACAGAUACGCUGGAGGAAAGUGGAUGGGAACCUGCCUUCCAAGGCCUCCACGAGUGUCAAUGGGCCCAUUCUGAUCCUGCAAGAGCUUGGAUUUGAUGAUGAAGGGAUAUAUGAGUGCGAGGCGGAAAAUUCCGAGGGUCAUGACAUCUACCAAGGUCGCAUUAUACUGCAAGCCCAGCCAGAAUGGCUGCAUGUAAUGAGUGACUCAGAGGUUGAAAUAAGUUCAGAACUGCGCUGGAGUUGUGCAGCAGCAGGGAAGCCUCGUCCGUCUGUGCGCUGGCUACGCAAUGGGCAGUCAAUCAGCACACAGGAUCGAAUUGAAGUCAACGGUGGACUGCUGAAAAUAAGCCACCUGGCACUAGAAGACUCUGGGAUGUACCAGUGUGUGGCUGAGAACAAGCAUGGUACCAUCUAUUCUAAUGCAGAACUAAGGGUUCAAGUCCUGGCCCCAGAUUUUCGCCUGAAUCCAGUUCGGAGGCUUGUCCCAGCAGCACGAGGGGGUCAGGUGAUGAUGGAGUGCAAGCCACGUGCUGCCCCCAAACCCACCCUCUUCUGGAGCCGUGGCACAGAGCUUCUGACUAACAAUAGCAGGGUGACAGUCACACCAGAUGGUAAUCUCUGGAUCACUAACAUCAGUCGAGCAGAUGAGGGAAAAUACACCUGCUUUGCAGAGAAUUACCUUGGCAAGGCCAAUAGUACAGGUCACCUCUCAGUUCGAGAUGCAACCAAAAUUACUCUAGCUCCCUCCAAUGCAGAUAUCAACCAAGGAGACAAUGUCACCUUACAGUGUCAUGCAUCUCAUGACCCCACUAUGGACCUAACUUUUACCUGGUCACUGAAUGGAGUUCUGCUGGACCUAGAAGAACCCCAUGGACACUUUCGUCGUACAGAGACUAAAGAAACCAUUGGUGAUCUGGUCAUCGUAAAUGGCCAGUUGGGGCAUGCAGGGACAUACACCUGCACGGCACAGACAGUGGUGGACAAUGCUUCUGCCUCGGUCAAACUUGUGGUGAGAGGUCCUCCAGGCCCUCCAGGGGGAGUAGUUGUAAAGGAUGUGAAUGCAACAGCCCUGGAGUUGGGGUGGAGCCGGGGCUAUGAUAAUCACAGUCCAAUUGGAAAGUAUAUCAUUAUGGUCAGAUCACUGUUGUUUCAAGACUGGAAGCAAACGCAAACAGACCCGCCAAACAUUGAAGGAAAUGCAGAGUCAGCACGUGUGAUUGGUCUGCUGCCUUGGAUGGACUAUGAGUUUCAAGUCAUUGCUAGCAAUAUUCUGGGUAGUGGGGAACCCAGCAUGCCCUCACCAAUUGUCCGAACUCAUCAAGCAGCUCCCACUGUGGCCCCCAGUGGUCUUGGAGGAGGAGGUGGAGACCAACAUGAGCUGAUCAUUACCUGGACACCCAUGGCACGGGAGUAUCAGAAUGGAGAUGGCUUUGGCUACAUCCUGGAUUUCCGUAAACGAAACGCCCCCACAUGGAUGGAGGUGAAGAUUCCCAGCGUUAAGUCUUCACGCUACGUCUACAGUAAUCAGAGCCUGUCCCCCUACUGUCCCUUUGAGGUGAAGAUCAGGGCAUACAAUGACAAGGGGGAGGGACCCUUUAGUCAGGUGGCUGUGGUUCACUCUGCAGAGGAAGAACCUACUGUCUCUCCCCGAAAGAUCAAUGCCACGGCAUUGACUGCAUUUGAAAUAUUAGUGUCCUGGGAGCCUGCACAACUUCUGAUGACGAAUGUUCUACGAGGAUAUGAGAUUCGCUACUGGCGUCAACAUGACAAGGAGGCAGCAGCUGACCGUGUGAGGACUGCUGGUUUAGAGACAACGGCACGAGUCUCAGGCCUUCGGCCCAGCACUCUUUAUUAUGUGAUGGUUCUAGCUUACAACAGUGCUGGCACUGGACCACCCUCUCCCCGUACCACAGUUAUCACCAAAAAGCCCCCUCCAAACCGUCCACCAGGCAAUGUCUCAUGGAGGACCGAUGGAUCCUGGGUAACGGUCAUGUGGGACCAUGUCAAGGCAAUGAAGAAUGAAUCUGCUGUGCUGGGUUAUAAGGUCCUGUAUAAACAUGAAGGUCAUUCGGCCUUGAAGGUUCUUGAAAAGGGCAAAACUUCCAUCAGCCUGCCCCUGCCCAAGGACAAUGGCUAUGUGGUUCUGGAGAUACGUGCUUGGGGGGAGGGGGGAGAUGGAGUCCCUCACGAGACCAUUGUAUCUAGGGAUUCAGGAACUGGAAUGAUGGUUCAGAACAUUGCCAAGAUUCUCAACCCAUCCUCUUUUUUACUUUUUUCCAUUGUAUCAGUGUUCACAUUUAUUGGCCUACUUGAACUAUGAAUGGUUUUAUUUCAGGCUGUAAGCCUGUUUCCUUAAUACACUUAUCUGACCUUAAUGAUUUUGUAUGUAUUGGGGGGGGGGGAUUAUCAUGUGAAACAUGGUAACAUGGUUAAGGCAAGGACAAGAGUCAUGAUAACUAAGUGGGAUGGGUGUUAAAAAACAACAAAAACUGUAUUACUGUAUGUGUGUUUUUCUAAAGAAAAGAAACUUUUAUAAGACUGUGGAGAAAUGUAUACUGGAAGAACGCAAACUGGGUAAACUGACUGGACAGCCUGAUUGUGAAUUGAAAUAAAACACAUGCCUUAUGGUAAAAUAAAUGUGAAAAACACAUUUUUCCAGAAGCUGGUUUACAAGCAUAUAGCCAACCCCGUCCCUGUCCUUGUAACUUCCAGUCUCUUUUAAAUAACUACCAAUGGUGGAAAUAAUUUUUCAGUACUUGAUAUAUUUUGUUCCUAUUUCCUACAAGUAAUGGACAAACAAAGGGGAUGCUGAGUAAAUACAGUUAGCAGUGUAGUUUACAAAAAAGAUCUAUUAAAAGAAUUCAGAUUCAGAUGUCCCAGGGAAUAAGUUUCAGUAAAAUAUCCUAUCCUUUUCAUUUUGAUUACUUAUUGAAAGAAAAUAUAAAAUAAACCAGUGACAUACUACAGACAUCAACAAAAUAUAUUCUGCAGCAUUUCAAUAGCAGGGAAUUCUCUUCCUAUAAGGCCAUCCUCCAAGCUGUACAUAAAUAGUUCAGUAUGCAUUUGAACAAGGUAUUUUAUUUGUAGAGUUCAGUCUUAGUGCUUGAACACUGAGCUGAAGCAUGGUUACUCCAAGAAGAAAAAUGCUGGUUAACAGAAUGUGCAAAUUUGCCUACGACUAGUGUCAUCUAGCAGCAUGGUGGCUCAUUGGGUUGGAGGUUGGGCCUGCUCUACGUAUGCUUCAAGCCCCCAGCAACCCUGACCUGCAUACAUAUUAUAGAUAGUAACUGAUAUGUUGAGGAGUGGUGUAUUUGCAAUUCCGCUGACUACCAAUAACAAAACAAAUGUCCAUCUACUAACCAUUUAUUCAAUACAAGGUCAUAUGAAGCCUGGAGCCUAUCCCAGAGACCAUAGGGCACAAGGCAGGGGAACACACACUUUGGACUGUUGAAGGAACCUGUAGUACCCAGACAGAGUUCAUGCAACUUAAGGAGACCAUGCAAACUCCAUACUAACAGGAUUCAAACCCUUAAUCCAAGAGCCUGUAUCACUAAGCCAGACUUCUUGCUUCACUGGACAACUUGUAGUUAAUGUAUCCCAGUUAAUGUAUUAAUGUUCCCCAAUUUAAAUGGACAUUUUCUUUGUCCACUUACAUUUAGCCUAGACUACUAUAAAUCUGACAAGUUAUAUAACUAAACAAGAAAUCCUGCUUUGUGAUGCAGGCCCCUGGAGGUGUGAAGCAAACAUUGAUACUGACUGAGGCACCAUGCUGCCAAUUACAUUCUGGUAUUCAAGCAUUUUUAUGUCUUAAUACAUAUUAAGACACAUAAUUACUUAAAAUUUUAAAACACUGCAAACACAGGGAAAAGACUGUAUAAAGUUUAUCAUAGUCAGAUUCAUUUAAUAGCACUAUAUUUUUUGUUGGUCACUACCUACUGAUGUAAUGCAGCUGAAAAUGUGUUUUUCAAUUUUUUUCUUGUUUCAAAUCAAAAGAAAGUUAUUAAUACAAGCUUAAUUUUGCACUAUUUUAUUCCAUAUUUGAUUUUUUUAGAUAUUUGAGUGCUCACACUGUUGGUAUUUAGAUGUUGGUAUUUGCUCAUAACUUGGUCUUUUCUACAGAGGUAAAGUAUUCUCUAUCAGGAGGGCUGAAACAACCAAUUACCUUUAGGCACGUUGCUGUGAACUGGCUUGUAAUUUACUGUUAGUUUUUUUUUUUAUUUUAUUGUUGGAGCUCCUGUAGAAUAUUAACUGAAGAUAAGAGUAUGCAUUCUCAAGGGCAAAUGCAGAUCAGUUUUUGGAAUAAACUGGGCAUUAGGAAAGUUAUACUGGAGUAACCAUUAAAGACAACAAUAUACAUUCUGAUUACAAGAAAGUGUUGACUUUUCCAACAGGGAAUACCAUAAUAACUGUCCAAAAAGAUGCAAAAUUCCUGUGCAUUUAACCUGGGAUUUACAUUACAAUUUUGUCAAUUAUUAUAAAUUCCAGUCUCUUAUGAAUGUGGACAAUUGUUAUAUGUGGAAUUGCAUGCCUAAGCGUUACCCUGAGACCAAAAGAAAUAUUUAUUUUUGUUAUUGCAGUCAAAAUAAGUACAUAUUUAUACUGGGGAGCAUGAGCAUUGAAUUAUAAGCCAUGUUUUUUAUUACUAAUUUUCAAUUAUGUAAAAAAAAAAAAAAAAUUAAA